UCUCUGUGCUGAAAUUUAUCACUCAGGGGGCCAACACACGCGCAACAACGGACAACCCCACAGGACCGGGGGGUGCUUCUCGUGUCUCGGGAGGAAGGGACGAUAAUCGCUCCCUAUCCACUGAGCGACGCUGGAUCCCUCCUUCAACUGUUAGACGCGAUGCUUUCACCCCAGAAAACAGAAAUGAUUUCAUCUUCCGUAAGGUGCGGGGUAUUCUUAACAAGCUCACACCGGAAAAGUUCGCAAAGCUGAGCAACGAUUUGCUCAAAGUUGAGCUGAAUUCCGAUGUGAUUCUCAAAGGUGUUAUUUUACUGAUCUUUGAAAAAGCACUCGAUGAACCCAAGUACAGUUCUAUGUACGCACAGCUGUGCAAACGGCUGGCCGACGAAGCACCAAACUUUGAACCCCAAAAGCCAACAAUCGAAGGUCAGAAAGCUCAAAGUACAUUCAGACUAUUACUCCUCAACAAGUGUAGGGCAGAAUUUGAAAAUCGUUCAAAAGCGAAUGAUGCAUUCGAAGGACAAGAUGAUCUUGGACCGGAGGAGGAGGAACGCCGUCAACUGGCAAAACGUAAAAUGCUUGGAAACAUUAAAUUCAUCGGAGAGCUUGGUAAACUUGAAAUCGUAUCGGAUUCGAUACUCCACAGUUGCAUCCAGCAGUUGUUACACAACAAAAGACGAGCCAAGGGACCCAGGGGGGACAUGGCCGAGGACAUCGAAUGCCUCUGUCAAAUUAUGCGAACAUGCGGCCGUAUCCUUGACUCGGAUAAGGGCCGCUAUCUCAUGGACCAAUACUUUGAACGUAUGAACUCCCUGGCAGAGAGUUGUGAUUUACCAUUACGCAUACGUUUUAUGUUGCGUGACGUUAUUGAAUUACGACGCGACGGGUGGGUACCACGUAAAGCAACCAGCACCGAGGGCCCAAUGCCAAUUAAUCAAAUCCGCAAUGACAACGAUGAUACCUCAAGAACCACUGGCUCUUAUCACAACAGACAACGUGAGGAUCGUCUUGGUGGUAAUGAUUUUCUACGUAAAAUUGGCAGACCUGGUAUUGAUAUGGAUAUUGUUGGAAGUAUGCCACUAUCAUCACCAUCAUUUGGUGGCAUAUCACCAUUCAGUCCAAAUGGCUUUCCAACUCCACCAUCAUCCGCUGGUUAUGGCCGACACAAUCAGCGUAAUCAAACACCGGGUGGUUAUUUUCAAAACCAAAAUAGACAUCAGAAUAAUUAUUCUGCUAAACACAAUCAACAACAACACAAUUCACCUCAGAAUUACAAUAACAAUGGUAACAAGGAUCAAGGAUUGCGCUUUAACAAAUCAAAAAUGCUCAUUGGACAUCCUGAGGAGGUAUCACUACGCCCGUCAACCACUUCUAUGAUGUUCAAUAAACAGGCUAGCAUUAAACCACCGAGUUUACCUCUUACUUCAGAUAUAUUCCAAGGUCGCACACUUGAAUCUCCCUUGAUGCGUGCACCUGCUAUUAAGGCAACUCCACCUUUACCGCACAAAGAAACAUCACCAGCUAUUGUUAUUAAACAGGGCCCGCUAGAUAAACGUGAUAAAGCACGCGAUCGCAAAGAUAAAGGCCCCACUAAAGACGAGAUUGUUAAAAAAAUUAAUACUAUGAUGGACGAUAUGUCUGCAGAGACUAAUCUCAAAGACGCAAUUACCACUCUCAAGGAUCUCAAGGUCCCAGAGAGAUUUUUACGUCAUGCUGUCUACACUAUUUACUCCAAUACACUUGAGAGGGGUGAUUCUGAGAGGGAAUUCGCCGUUAAAUUUAUCGCUGAGAUGAGAAAAGAGAGUAUCCUUACUUUACAACAAAUGAACGAGGGAUGGAAGGAGCUCGUCGCAAGUAUAGCUGAUAAAGAGAGCACUGUACCCUGUGUUGCCUCUCAUGUUGCAUCAAUCACCGCUAAGGCCAUUGUCAAUAAUCUAAUGCAACUUCAGGAUCUUGCCUCAGUCACCGAGAAUGGACAACACCAUCCUCUCUUUCUCCUUACUCUCCAGCAAUUGCAUAAAAGCCAGGGUAAGGCUGUUCUUACACAGAUAUUUAAUGACAGUAAGGUGAAUUUGAUGAGUCAAUUGCCCGAGGCCGAGAAGACCAAGGAGAGACUUGGUGAGAUACUCGAGGAUCGUGAAUUGACCUUCCUUUAUCCAUUAUUGAGAAUUCAGGGGGAUAUGUGGCGUCAGUUGGAGAGCGAUCCCAGUCCACAAGUUUUCUACAAGUGGAUCAAAGAUAAGCUUGAUCCAGCACAUCAUUCAGAUCCUGGUUUUAUCAAUGCACUUAUGACUGUUCUUCUUAAGUACAUCACACAGGAAACUACACUUGCAUCUGGCAUCGAUACAUCGAGCGUACCCGACAAGUCCCUCCAAGAGAAAGAACGCGGACUUUUGCAAAAGUACACACGUGUACUUGAGUCAUUUCUCACUACCAUCGAUGCUCAAGUAACUGCCGUUCACUCGCUACAGGUCUUCUGUCUGUCGCACGAUUUCCCAAAGGGAAUGCUACUGCGAUGGUUUGUCGCACUCUAUGAAUUAUCAAUUAUUGAAGAGGAAGCCUUCAUCAAGUGGAAGGAAGAUGUCACCGAUGCUUAUCCUGGCAAGGGGAAAGCCUUAUUCCAAGUCAACUAUUGGCUAACUUGGCUCCAGGAGGCACCUUCUGAGGAAGAGGAGGACGAGGGAGACAAUUAAAUCAAUUUCUUAGGUACAUUACCCACAAGACAGGGGCUGGCAAUCCCCAACCCAAACGACAACCUAUUAUUUUACAUAGGGUUUUAAUAUCCGUGCUAACGCUCAUUCGUGGGUUUCACUUUUACUUAUUUACCUUGUCUCUUGUCCAAACUGAAAACAAAACCGAAAAGCUAAUAGAGAAGCGAGAAAAAAAAAACAAAAAAUGAAAAAAAGAAAAACAAAAAAAAAAUAAAAAAAAAAAAACGCAAAACAAAUUAAAAUAAUCAAGAGCCAACAUGUUGUGAGUCCAGGGGUAUGGGAGGGGGUCAUGUACGCUUGUUGAUUAUGGGUAAUGGGGGCUCGGAGUUGAAACGCAUCCGGAAUUCCAUAAAUGGUCCUACAAAAAAAGAGACAAAUUAUUCAUAAAAUGAGAAAUAAGAUGGCUGGGAAAAAAGUAUGCAACGACUCUGGAAUGUUUGUGUGUGAGUGUUGAAGCGUGUUAAGUGAACAGACCCCGAAAACAGGAAGUUUUAAAUGUUUUAGAUAAUUGAAUAUUAAUAUUGAUUUAUAUGAAGAACAAGGGAAAAUAAGAAAAUUAAUUGCUAACUCCUAAAAUUUGAUAUAUAGUAGGCCAUUUAAUUUUUGGUAUUUGUAGGUAAUGAUCAUUGGUACAGCAAGAUGCGGACAUUAACUGAACUAUCAAUUAAUUGGGAAAAGAAAAACAUGAAAUUGGCAAAUUUAUGAGAAGCAUAAAAUCUAUCAAUGAUCAAUUUUGUAUUGUCCAAGUUGUUGUCUGGUAUUGUGCUUGUGUGAAAUUUAAACACUUUUUUUUUUUCAACCUUUUUCCCUUCUUUUGUAAAACUUUUUCGUCCAUUAUUGGACAUUUGUGGAAAAGUGGUAGCCAAGUCAUUUAUUAUACAUCUCUGUGUACCAGCUUUUACAUUUAUUAUGAAAAAUGAGUAACACAUACUAAUUUCAAAGAUAAAUAUGAAAUACAGACAUUUAAAAUUAAUGAGUAAAUUUAAUUAACUAAAAUUGAUGGAAUGUUGGAGAAAUAUAAUAAAUGUGGAAGUGAAUGGCAAUAGUUGAUGUUCAUAAAGUCAAAUUCCACCUGCCCAAUGUAAUCGAUUUUCACCCGAAUCUUUAUUUAAAAACUUUUUAUUCCCUUCAUCAAUUUUUUUUGCAUCGAAUAACACUAACUGAUUUAAUUCACUGCAACCCAAACUAACAAAGACAUUAGUUAAAUGUAGGGACAUCAACCUGCAGGAAAUACGAAAAGUUAGAGAAACUAAAAAUAAAAUACUGAACCUUUACCCCUGGUAUAAUUUAUUAUAUUGCAGAUAAAAUAAUAAUAAUAAUAAUAUCUGGUCAUGUUUUUGAGCGCAUUACAUGGUAUUGCAUGUCCCUCACUCUUCCUCAGUUGUCAUUAGUCUCUAAUCUUCCUACUUCAUGAAGACAAAAAAUAAUAAAUCUAUUAAGUAAUAAAGAAGAAAUUGAAAGUUAAUGUGAAAGCUUUGAGUGAACCUUCAGGCCGGCUAAUCAGUGCUCUCGAAUUUAUUUAGUGCAAUAAUUGAGGGUCUCAAUCCAAUUAUUCCAAUCCUCCCUCCCUUAUAUUAUCUUAUCACCUUUCUCAUGGAUUUUUUCUUUUAAUUGAGCCCUUUCUAAGGUGUUGGCUCACACGAAACGACGAGCUACCAAUUGCUAAGGAAAUAUUCAUUCGUAUUGAUUUGUCGAUAGUUUAUCAUGAUCAUAAUAUAAUAAUUAUUAACGAGGUUGAUGUAUAUAGUUAUUAAAUUACGGAAUUUAUCAAAACAUUUGUUAGCCUGAGGAGUUACAUCAAGGAAAUGUUUAUGAGAAAAGUAUUUAAAAGUGGGAAGGAACCCGUUGUAUCCAAUGAUCAAUACUAAGAUGUACGUAGUUCUGUAUUUGUCCUUAAAUUUCCAAUUAUUCAUCAAAUUUAGACUAGAAUGACGAAUGUUGAUUUGUCUACUUUACUCAGUCGAAACUAUACGUGCCCACCCGUCUCUCUCUCUCUCUCUCUCUCCCCUCUCUCUUUCUCUCCUUUGCAAAUAUGAACUAGUGGACAAAUACUCAAUACAUAAAGUCUUCAUUUUAUAGUAAAAAUUAAUAAAAAGUAUAAAGAAAGUUUAGAGUAAUUCUUAUCAGCGAAGUCACUAGUGACUAUGUUAACAUGAUCUAAAGGGAAAAGGACAAAAAAAAUAAAUAAAAACAAGAAAAGGAAAAAAAAACAAAUAAAACGUAUAUAAGUAACGAGAAAACGUAAUAACUCCCUUCAUCGCACGCGAUUUAUAAUAACGAAUUUAUAGCGACAAUUGUAAUGUAAUAUUCGCUGGCAUAACAUUUGGUAUAACAAUGUGUUUCCGUCUAUUGCCUUUGUAAUACCAACCAACUAUGAUAAUUAAAAAAUGAGUUGGUCUGUCGGAAUGGUUGUUUCCCUUGCAAAAUUGUUAUCCGAGCACUCUUUGAAAGAAUAUGAAUGAUGACGAUCUAAUGAUCAGUGUACCUCAACAUAAUAAUUGUCGAGUGAUGAAUAAUUUUUUUUUUUUUAAGUUAAUUUCUAUAUCCUUUCCAAUCUAACGAAUUGAAAAAAUUAUUUGCCGAUAAACUAUAAAAAAUAAAUAAUUCAUGUAUAAAUAACGUCAGUAUUAUUUCAGAAAAAUGCAACACCGGAUUGAAUAUGGGAAAAAAAUUUUAUGCGGUCGAACGUCGAAUUGAAAGAAAUGACCAAAAAAAAAUUACGAAUUCAUAUACAUAUUCAUAUAAAACAUUAGCAUGUGGAAUGAAGAGCGCUAUUUCGAAGUGUAAAUGAAAAUAUGAAUAAUCCCUCGAAGGAUAUUUUAUUGAAUGACUUGCUCGUCACCGACAGUUUCAUUGUUCAAUUCAACAUUUAAAUUAUUUUUACGCAAGUAGAUCAUAUUCAUAGAAUAAUCUUCAAGUUUGAACAAAUUGUAGCAAGUUGUGAUGACUGCGAUGAUAAAAAAGAGAUAAUUUACUCGAAUUAAAUUGUUAAUGAAUCUCUCAUUUUACGCUUCAAAUUCGGAAGAUAAAGAAAAAGUAACUACAGGUGAAGGACGAUAAGCAAAAAGAGGGAAUAUUAAAUGCAAUUAAAUAAAAGAAAAACGAAUGAAAUGAAAAGACUAUGAGAACAAGACCCGAGUUAUUUCAAUUGCUCUCAGUCUUGUAUAUGUGUAUGCAUAUUUCAUACAUCUUCAGACGUGUAUAUGUAUAUAAAAAUAAUACCAUCAUUGAAAUUUCUCACAGGGAUGAGAUAAAAAAGUAAAAGGUGAAUAGAAUAGUAAAAAUCAUCUCUAAAAGUUGUUGAAUUUAUACAACAUGGCAGUAUAUUAAAAUAAUGUCCAGAAAUCUUUGUUAUGGGCCGUCGUAACAUACGCCUGCUGUAAUCUCUCCCAAAUUUAUCUGAUACGAGAAGAAAAUAACGAAAUAUACUACAUUCAAAUGGUGGGAUUAUUCCAGUUGACGAAUUAUGUUGUAAUCCUGAUUAAAAAUAACUUUGAAACAUUCAAUGAUAAAUAGUUAGUUCUCACAAAUUUUUCAGCAUUUUUAAUGUGCGAAUCUCACUGCCAGUCAUUGAUCAUUUUUAGAAUUGAAAAAAAAUUAAGGAGAUUUUUCAGAGUUGAGGUUGAGAAUAUCCCUAUAUGGGAUGCAUGUAUUUGAUAUCACUUUUACUUAAUUCAUUAGCGCCAGUGCAUUUCGUGUCUCGAUAAAAACAAAAAUCUAUAUCUUUUAUGAGAGACAGAAUGAACAUAACUAUAUCAGUUGCGUCAACAAUUAAUAACAAGUGUCGUCAAUUAAUUGAUUAAUUUGUAAACAUGUGAACAAUAAUUGAGUUUAGAUUUAUUUGAAGACAAACCUUAUCAACACCUUCUCACUCCUACAAUUAAUCAUCUUUUCUAGCUGGUAAAACGAAUGAAAAUUUAAGUAUAAGGAUAUGAAGAAUGGCAAUUGUCCAAAUUAAAUUUUUAUUAAACACGGUUUUUUUUUUCUGUAACAUCGAGGACGAAUUAUAUAACAUAAAUAAUUAUUGAUCAGUAUCACUUUCAGCGCUCAACAAUGAAUC